ACGGACGACAUAAGCACUGGAGAGAGAUGGACACUGCGAAGAAAGAGCCAGACGUGCUCAAGGAUGCCGAUGGUGAUGCCAUUGUUGCGGCAAGCACAGUUAUUUGCACAGGUGGCGAGAUCGAGACCGGUUGGUCGGCAGAGAAAACUGCGGGGGCCACAGCAGAGGCAUACUUGGACCGUCAAAUUCCGUGGUUAACCUUGCCGCAUGAGGAAGUGCUUGUGGCAGCCUCCUAUCUUGAGGGGAGUGCAGCCAGAUGGUUGAGCGGGUACGUAGAACUUCAAAGCUACGGGCAUGACUUCCGCGCUUGGGCAAUCAACCAGAAACUGGAUGACUUCCUUAAGCUGUUGGAAGAAAGGUGGCAUGAUCUGCAGGAGGCCCAAAAGGCCACUGAUGCGAUCCUGACUUCGAGCUCUAGAACGUUCAAGUACGGUCUGUACGAGUUUGUGGUGAUGCCUUUCGGCCUUUGCAAUGCUCCUGGCACCUUUCAGCACGCCAUGAACCGGAUCUUUCAUGACUACUUGGACAAGUUUGUCAUCGUGUACCUUGAUGACAUACUUAUCUUUAGUAGGAUUGUCGAGGGGCAUGUUGGCCAUUUAGAUAAAGUCCUUAGCCUCCUUCGGCAGCACCAGUUCAAGAUCAACCGGGAGAAGUGUGAGUUUGGUCGCACUCGGAUCUUGUACUUGGGUCAUGAGAUUUCCGCGGAGGGAUUGAAGCCCGAUGAUGCGAAGGUGGCCAGCAUUCGUGACUGGCCGCGUCCUCAGUCUGUGACUGAGAUGAGUGAGUUGUGGAAGGCUGCAGCUGCAGAACAGGGAACACAACUGCAGAUGACUUUUGGGAACCACCCAGAGGCAAAUGGGCAAGCAGAGCAGCUGAACCACGCUGCCCUGGGAGACCGCUUUGCAGAUAAGGAGCGGGCCCGCAAGGCUGCUGACAGGAUUGCUCGCCUGGGCCAGCAACGUUACAGCGGUACCCUGAAGUCCUUAUUUGCAGAGUUUGAGCAGCUAACUUCCACACCUGGACUGGUUAUGUCUGCAGAUGACUUACUGACAAACUUCUGCAGGGCAGCCCCUGAGAAGUUUUCUGCUGCUUCAUACAUCGCUGGGCACAAGGACUGGAGGUCCUUUGGCUGUGCAGCCCUGGACAUGGAGGCAAAACUUCAUGUUCAGGCCCCCUCCUCUGACAGGAGGAAAGGUGCCUUCCCUCGUGGUGGUAGAAAUGGAAAGGCAGCCUUUGCACAUGCAGGGUUUGCGUCAGCUUCUGACUCAGAUUCCCAGGCUGAUACACCAUCAACUGGGACUGGGCCAGCUACUGAAACAGAUGUUGCAGCGGCCCUGACUCAGGCCGUUUUGGGGAUUCUGCAGCAGCAGAAGAGGUUUUCCCCCACCACAGCCUCAGCCAGUGCAAAGGGGAAGGAUAAGGGACUUGAGACUGCAUGUGAUAGAGUGCGUUUGGGGACUGCGUGGGCAGCAUCCUUCUGUUAUGAGGAUCCUGACCCGGAUCAGGACCCGGGGCAGGAUGAGCUUCAGUCACUCGCUGCCUUCUUCUUCCACCUGAAGGAACAGAAGAAGCACAAGUCUGAUCUCAUCCUACUUCGGCCCCUGAUCAACCACAUCAGGAUCAAAGGGCUGUUGGAUUGUGGAGCCACCAGGAACUUUAUAUCUCCCAGUGCUGUUAAGAAACUGCAUCUGGGGAUGAAAGUUCAACAGCUGCAGCAACCUUUGCUGGUCAGGAUAGGCGACUCCACAAUGCUCACCAUCAGGGAGAAGGUUAAGGGAAUCCCUGUGACCUUCGACAGUGCCGGAGAAGUCAGACAUAGUCUGAACUUCUACAUCUUCCCUGACCUACCCUUUGACCUGGUGUUCUCUAUGCAGUGGUUGAGGGCUAGAGUUGAACUACCAAACAGCCAGGGGGUGUAUCAACCAUGCAUGAUAGCUGCUGAUCAUCACCCUAAGACCUCCUGCUACUGCCUACGAGCGAGGGAGUUCCAUGCUCUCUCAUGCCAGUAUCACCAUGAGCAUAUGUUUAUUGCUCUGGUCAAGCAAACAGAUGCUCCCCCUGUUUCCUGCCCUCCUGAAAUACAGCAGGUGGUUGAUCAGUAUGCUGAUCUGAUGAAGGAGCCCUUUGGGUUACCCAACCGACCAACCAAACAUCGGAUUGAGCUACUACCUGGAGCGGUCCCUCCCAAGGGCCGCAUCUACAGGAUGUCCCCUGCCGAGCUCGAGGAGCUCAGAAAGCAGCUCGAGACCCUGACCAGCAAGGGCUGGAUCAGACCCAACACUUCUGAAUUCGGUGCACCCGUUCUCUUUGUGCCCAAAGGGAAUGGCGAGUUCAGAAUGUGCAUUGACUAUAGGGGUCUCAACAAGAUCACUAGGACGAGUACAGAGCCAGUUCCUAGGAUCGAUAACCUUCUGGAUAUGGUGCAGGGUUGCACAGUGUUCAGCAAAGUCGACCUCAAAUCUGGCUACCACCAGAUUGAGAUGGCUGAGGAGGAUGUCUACAAGACAGCCUUCAAGACCAGGUAUGGUACUUACGAGUUCCUAGUCAUGCCAUUCGGACUUUGCAAUGCCCCAGGUACCUUCCAGACAGAGAUGCACCGCAUCUUCAGGCAUUACCUAGACAAGUUUAUGGUUGUCUACCUGGAUGAUAUCCUGGUAUUCAGCAAAACUGUCAGGGAACAUGCGGAGCACUUGGCUUUGGUUCUUGAGUCAUUACGCGACAGCCAGUACAAGAUCAACAGAGAGAAGUCCUCUUUUGGAGUUCCCUCUAUCAUCUACCUGGGUCACGUAAUCUCUGGAGAUGGCCUGGCUCCUGAAGCAGCCAAGAUUGCUGCUAUUCAGGACGAGGAGUGGCAGUCCUACUGUAAGGACUACCUGCACUCACGAUUGGAUAUGACUUCUGGUCAUCAUCCUGAAGCCAAUGGUUUGGCUGAAGUGAUGAACCAAGUGUUAUUCCAAUUGCUGCGUCCUGUCAUCUCUCCAGAUCAACAGGACUGGGAUCUUCACUUGUCUCGAGCACAGCUUGUGUAUAACAUGUCUGUCCAUUCCUCAACUGGGUUCACUCCAUACCGGUUGCACUGGGGACGUGAACCACGACAGCCUCUCGAUGAUAUCAUCGAUAAGGCCAAGUCUUAUGUGACUCUAGGCACUGCAGAGUUCACCAGACGCUACCGCAUAGAUGUGGAAAGAGCACGACCGAACUUGUUCAAAGCCCAAAAGGCGAUGAUUGAACAAGCUAAUCGCCACAGGCGGCCUUCCCCCAUCCGUACUGGUGAUCAUGUCUGGGUAGCCAGUUCAGAGUUGUCGAGGGAGGAGAAUAUCUCCCCCAAGCUGUUGCCUCGUUAUUUGGGUCCAUGGCAGGUCCUAGAUACAGUGGGCGCCGAUCCAUUCGGUCCGUCCUAUGUCAUUGACGUCCCUCUGCAUCUACGCACCUACCCGGUCUUUCAUGCAUCUAAGCUGUUGCCAUUUACUCCAGCUGAUGCAUUCCCUGACCGGUCCCCUCAGUUCGGUCCACCGAUCCCUGGCAAGGGAUAUGACAUGGAGUGGAUUGAGGAUGAGUGGGGCACAGGCCCCGAUCGGCAGUAUCUUGUGAGGUUCGCAUUCCAGCCUCCUUCUGAGAACAUAUGGUUCUACAGAAGGGAACUUCUCAAGACAGCAAAGUCAGUUGUUUUGCAGUAUGAAGCGGCUCAGAAGGGCAACCUUCCUCGCCAGAGGACAUAUGGGAACGGAUCCAAGAUGCCCAAAGAACGCAGACUCUGCAAGGAACAACCGCUGAAACCAACCAGCCUUGAAGAGGUAGAAGGGGAGCCUGGUUUCUGGUUUGUCAGGGAUGCCAAAUAUAUCGGAUGGGUUUUCAACGACAAUCUGGAGACCCCAGAUUGGGUCUGGGUGCUGGAGGGAGCACCCUCGCAAAGGCCAGACAUCUACCCACCUUCAGACAGCAGCUGGCAAACCAAGAAUGUAGGCAGAAAAUCCCCCAAAAUCUUCACAACAGACCAGGUUCUAAACAAACAAAGAGUCCAGGAAGAGAGGAGGUUGAGAGACCUCCAAAUGGACCUAGACGAAACAGGAGAACUGGUUGAAAGAAGAUGGACAGAAGUGGUCAAAGAAAGAGGAUCGGACGGAAUGCAGACAGACCCAGCGGCGAACAACGCAACAAGCAGCACAGUGAUACAAUACACGCGCAAAGGGAACUCAGGAACGGGGCAAAGAAAGGAAACCAUUGCAGAUCAGGAGAACACAGGAGAACAAGAUGUGGAAAUGACAGAGGACAGGAGAAUUGGGGUAAAAAGAAAGGGAGAGGAAAUCACAAAAGAAGAAGCUAUGGGAAGGGAAACAGAGGAGGAAUACCAUCACGGGCAGGAGGAAGAAGAGUGGGAGAAGAUCAAGGAAUACAUCCAAGUAAUGAAAGCUCAGAGGGCAAGUAUGUUCGAAUUACAUAUGGCUUAUGUGAGAGAGGAGGAGAAGGCAAGAGGAGACGAGAUCCCACUCACGACCAACCCCUACGAAGCUCUGAACGAAGAAGAAGAAAUGGUCGAAUACUAUGCCCAACAGUAUUGCAGAAUCAAGAAGGACCAGACAAGGAAGCAAAAGGCAAGAGAGGGGGGUGAAGAGCAGAGAGAAGAAGGAGGAUGGAGAGUGGACAGAUACAAAAUGCCCGAGUUACCAGAGACCUAUAACAAAAAGAGGAAAGCGGAGGAAAAGAAGAAAGGUAACCCGAAAGGAGGCAAAGGAAAGGGAAGCAAAGAACAAGGAGAGAAUGCAAAGGGGCAAGGAGAAGAAGGCAAGAACGGGAACAAGUCKCAGAUGCAACAAGAGCAAGGAGAACAGAUCAAUGAGCGAGAAUCCCUCUUGUUACAGUCCGAAGUCUUGGAAGCACAAGUCCAAAGACUAGCAGACUUGAACGAAGAAAUGAGGCUAAAAACGGUCACAGUGGGAUCUCUGAACGAAUGCACGCAGACCGAAUUCUGGAAUAAGGCGGCAGCAACAAGCAAGAUGAUCCUGCCCUCCAGAACAAUCUUGGCUAUGAUGUUCGAUGAACUGACAGAGGAGUGGCAGAUCGCCACAGCAGCCAACUUCGCCCUUCCCAGACUCCAGAGGGGACAAAGCAUAAAGGAGAAGCUUACAUUUGCAGUUUUAGAAAAAGUACCAACCAAAAUUGGAUUGUUAGGUGCAAUACUGAGAGUGCCCGCCACCAAUGGAAGGGAGAACGACGACAGAGAAGACUCCCUUGAUGUAAGACCAGUUGUGGCCAUAUUCAGCCCAGGAACCUCCUUGAAAGGUAGUCUCCAAUGGAGACCCUGGUGGCAAAUCUCACAGCUGCCUUAUACAGCCCUGGGCACAAGCGUACUGGCAGAAUUACCAGCAGCAAGCCUGGCAAUUACCUUCGCCCUGAAAGUACAUAGGAUGGGACAGAAAGAACUGGGGGACAAACUGAUGGUUCUGCAGGAGGAAGGAGAAGAGACGACCUUGCAAAUAAGCUACCAUUGUAUUCAGAUCCCCUUUUUACGGAGGCUUUGAUCACAAACAAAUAGGCUUAAUGCCG